ACAUGCAGCAAACACCAUCUGAUUAUGCUCAGUUGUUUUUGCAGAGCAUUGCCAAAGAGAGCAGAAUAGCAUCACAAUUUCUAGAAAGCAAGAAUUGAAGAGGAUGGAGCGUGUAACAUGAUUCUGCGCUCAAAUCAUAUUCAACUGUAACCUUGACUUCCUUAAAAGGGGCUGCGUUUUAAUUUUUUUAACACUUCAAGCUCAUCAUCACGUUCCUACCAGCAGCGACCAAAAAUGGUAUUGGUGGUGACUGAGAACAGAGAACAAAGCCCUCAUCUUGUGAUCAGGUUGGUGGAAAAUGCUUAAUGUUUUCUUUUUCAUGUGUCUUUCUGGUCAAUGUGGUCUGACUUCUGAAAUGUUUCACAUAUUCUUUUGUAUUCUCUAUAGCUGUAUGUCAAAGCUGAUAGUUUGCACUUAGCCCAGUUUACUGUCAGUGAAUCAAUACAAUCAGGGUUGAAACUAAGUUGGCAGGACUUGCACCUUCUAACGCUCUACAAAAGCUGGGGAGCAGACAACAGUACCACUGCCAACAUAAAUCUUUCACCACAUUCUGUUCAGAGUUUUUUCAGCUAUAGAGACCUACUACUUAACUAUUCUGGUUGUGAUAUUUUUCAAAGACAAGCGCGUGCAUACGGCCGUCUCUGUACACCAUUGUGUUCCAGAAACUACUUUCUCAUUAUAUAAUAAAUUACCAAACUAUGUUCUUUUAAGUAAAGAUUUAUGUCUCAAAAGAAAUCCAAUGAAAUCAAUGCUAAGUGAGAAGUUUGUUUUAUGUUAUCAGAUGAGAGGUGUAGUUGGAAAAGUCUAUUUUUACAUUUUCAAGUUACUGAUGUGGUUUGAGCUGUGGUACUUCAGUUUUGUCGAGUGUGUUUCUGUGCGGUUUAGCAACUUGGUUGUGCUUAUUUUAUGCUGAAGGCUGCUCUUUAUGUUUAUCUUAUAUUUGGAUAGUGUGAGGCAUGACAUCGGCAGGUUGUAUUAACUGCCUGAGAGCACACAAAUGACUUACUGAUCAGUCUGAUGGAAGAGCAUAGACAGUUUAUUUUAUCAUUAUCCAUGACAUCUCCGUUGUUAUUUACUGCACAUUUUCUGGUAGUUACACUGGUUUGUGCAAAAGUGUGAAAUAAUAAAUACUUAGGUGUAAAUAAGUUAAGUAUCUGUGUUUUUUGUUUUUUUGUUAUGUACUUUUUCUCUUUCAUGCAAACAUACAAAAAAAUUUUUUGCCAGAACAUCUAACUUUUAGUUUUUUAGCAUUCUCAACAGCUCCACAUCCUUUGUGUUUCUCACAUCCUGUGUGAGUAUUAGUUCCUUAUUUAUAAACUGUUCAGUCAUAGGUCUUUUUCCUUGUCUUAUGCAAAGUGAAAGUUUCAAGACUGUGAUCUGUUUCACAAUCCUGUUAUUUCUUCAACUUUAUGAUUUAACAUUUCAUAAUAUUCUCUUCCAAGAGAAACCACAUAAUGUGCAGCAGUUAAGUAAGUGACUUUCAAAAAAGAGAGAAAAUGAUGACAACCACAAAGGAUAUCUUUGACUGAAUGAUUAAAUGUUAAUAAAUAAUAACAAUUUAAUAAAUGCAAAUUCAUCAUAUUAAUGUAAUUUUUUUGCAUUUAUUUGGACUGUAACCCCCACUACCUGCUGACCCAUAAUUCAACUUGUGUCCUCUGAACAGUUAUAUCAUUCUUUCUAUCUCUCCUCACACAUUACAGAGAAGAUUUACAAAGUAACAGUAUGAAAUGUUUUGUAUAGGUGACUGGAUUGCAUUUCAUGGACUGAUUGUGAAGUGAUGUCAACGGAUGGAUCUUAAUGUGUGUUUUCUGGCUUCGGCAGCACUUAACAACUUUUUUUCCAUGCAGAAAAAAGGACACUUGCACAAGUUUCUCUUGAGUCGAGGUUGAGCAGAAACAUGUCAAGGUCUCUGAUUUGAAUGGAUGGUGGUGAGUCCUCUUCAUACUGGGUGUCACAGGCUGAGUUGGAGUACCCAAUGAGGUGUGAUAACACUAAAAAGACUGUACUGAAGAAGGGCCUCCUCCUCUUCUUUCUCAGUGUUUUACCGCUGUGUCUUCUCAAUGGAUGGUCGAGAAGAUCCCAGACCAUGACAGCCAUAAAUACCUGCGCCUUCUAUAACUGUGGCAGCAGUAGAAACAUGACCAUCCUGCUGUGGUACUGGCCCUUUGGCAGGUCAUUCAGCCUGAGGGGUGAUGUGUGCUGGGACCUUUAUCGCAUCCCUCGCUGUAGACUGGUGGACCAGCGCUCCCUGUUCCCCUCAGCUGAUGUGGUGGUGUUCCACAACAGAGAGCUGGUGCUGGGCCACCAAAAGCUGCCCUUUGACCUUCCACGGCCACAGGACCAGAGGUGGGCCUGGAUGUCCCUGGAGUCCCCUAAUUACAAUGGAAACUUGCAGCACUAUGCAAAUGUCUUCAACAUGACCAUAACCUACAGGAGAGAUGCUGAUAUCACAGUACCCUACGGCGAGUUGCUACCAAAGGAGGGUGAAGGACAUGUGAUGGAAGAUGUCCCUCUGAAUAAGAGCUUUCUGGUCUGUUGGGUGGUCAGCAACUACAGGAGCCACCACAAGAGAAGCAAAGUGUACCAUGAGCUCAUUGACACGGUUCCUGUGAGGGUUUAUGGUCGUUGGACAAAGGCACCCCUCACCACUAAAGCCCUCUUGCCUACAAUCUCUCACUGCUACUUUUAUUUGGCUUUUGAGAACUCAGUCGCCAAAGAUUACAUCACAGAGAAGCUGUGGAGGAACGCUUACCAAGGCGGGGCAGUGCCUGUCGUCCUGGGACCGCCAUUACACGAUUACAAAGCUGUGGCUCCACCGAAUUCUUUCAUCCAUGUUGAUGAGUUUGCAUCAAUAAAAGACUUAGGAAAGCAUCUACAACAGCUUGCAGAGGAUAAGAAACGCUACAGUGAAUAUUUUACCUGGAAACAUCAUUGGAAAGUGAAGUUGUACAAAGACUGGAGGGAAAGACUGUGUAAGAUCUGCUCAAAAUACAACAGUUCAGUGCAGCAGAAAGUUUACUCUGACCUAGAGGCCUGGGUCCAUGCUUAAACACUUGGGCUUGCAUACUUGUGUUUAAUUUUUCACUGAUAACUUACAAAUUUUACCUCAUUUUUGACAAAUUAGCAGACUUCAUGACCUCAUUUUUUGCAUCAGUACUUAUUUACUUUCCUUGUUCUUCCAUUAUUUCUAAUACAUUUUUUCAGAGUGUGUUCUGUUUUCAUGUUACUGCUGUGCCAAUAAAAUAAACUGCCAAACAGUUAUAGUCAGGUCAAAAGGGAAAAUGGAUGAAAAUGAAGGGGAAAGCAAUUUGAACAUUGCAGAAAAAUGUGAAGCAUUACAUCUUUGAGAUUUAGGAAAUCUUGUCCAAGGACAUUGUGCAAAAGUGUUUCUACACAGUAUAUGCACACAAUCAACACAACUAACAUGCUUUAACUAAUAACUGUAUUAAGAACAAUGACCAAAUGAAUUAAAUCCCUAGCACUUUAUACCACAUGCCUGACCUCUCUAGGGUUAAAAGAAUAUUUUGGUAUUUUUGGAAAUAUGCUUUCUUGCUGAGAGCUAAAUGAGAAGAUUGGUACCACUCACAUGUCUGCAUGAUAAAUAUGAAGCUGCAGCCAGCUACACACAGACUGACACAGGGGGAAAGAGCUAGCCUGGCUCUGUCCAGAGCUACAAAGGCUGAUUUUGUUACCAAAUAAAUAAAAAACAUACCAAAAACAUAAAAAAAAAAAUUGACCAAUAAAGAGUAGUUUAAAUGGCUUUGGUCUUCUACCAAAGGGAAAACACCUCAAGCUUGAAAUUUGACAACUCCCACUCCGCACUGUUGCAAUUGCAGUGUCAGUAAUAAAACAAUGGCUGAAUAUGUGAUAUAUCCUAUUAAUGUAAGCAUUUUUAUAUUUUCAUAAUGAUGUACCAUUCAAAAGGUAUGCAUGGUGUUGAAUGAUGUGAUAUUUUAUGAUAUUUUAUUAAGCACUGUAUUUGGUUUAGAAGAUGUCUAAGACUGUCCUUUCAUAUAGAGUUUGGUCUUGUUAAACUAAUUUCUGUUCAUUUCAUGUCCAUCUUCCCUUGACAAUAAAAACGAUGGUUUGAGAGAAA